CGCUCGCUUGCCGGUCGUUUCUUGGAAGUCGCUUUGCGGAGUGUCAGACGUCAAGAGGAGUUUGAAGUGCGAAGUAAAUCAAGAAUCAGCUUGAUCUAGGAGUUAAGGCAUCAGCUAGAAACCAAGAAAAGUAAUUCCUUAUGGAAACUACUCCUGUAAGUAGAAGAUACAAAACCAGAAGCACCACAGCAGAAUCAGUGGCCAAAUCUCAUGUUGACCAGAAUCAGACUAAAAGAUGUCUCUUUCCUGAAAGUCAGGAUGAUGACGACAAAAUUAUUUCCUCCUCUUCCUCAUCCUCAGAAAAAGAUCCUGUAAAUCCUGUAAGUAGAAGAUACGAAACCAGAAGCACCAGAGCAAAACCAGUGGCUAAAUCUCGCAUUGACUGGGAUCGGACUAAAUUUCUUGAAAGUGAGGAUGAUAGUGAUGAUGAAAUGACAUUGUCCUCAGAAAAAGAUCCCAAGUCCAGUUCGAAAGAAGAUGUAGAUGGAAAAGAAGAAGGGACCGCCAUACUUAGCAAAAGUCAUGGUGAAGCUGGGAGCAAUGCAGAUUUACAGAAAGUUUGCAGUGAUGUUUCUUCUGAUGAAGAAGAAAACAUCUCUUUUGGAAAGAGGAAGAGAUCUCGGACAGCUGUGAUAUAUGACAGUGAUGAAAGCAAUGACAGCAACAUUCCUAGGAAAGUGAUUGCAAAAGGCAGGAGCGUAAUUAGCGAAGACAACUUGUCUGUCAGUAAAGAGUCACCCACAUCCCCAGAAGAGAAAGCAGCCAAUAGAAAACGAGAAAGAUACCUAAAGCUGCUAGAACUGUCUUACAGGCAAGCACAAAAAUCUGGCAAAGUCAAUCGACGUGAUGAGAGAAGUGCAGAUGAUGCUUUGAUGCAACAGGAUGGUCACUCACCCUUCACACAAGAGGAAAUCGGUGUUGUGUCUGAUGAAGAUAGCAUGAAAAAUUUCAUAGAUGAUGCAGAAGAAGAAGAAGAAGAAGAAGAAGAAGAAGAAGAAGAAUUGAAAAGGGAUAACUUUGGGGAGGAAGACUUCCAAUAUCAAGACAGAAAACAUCAUGUGGCCAGUAACUUAUUGGAGAAACAUGUUCCAUUUGUGUCUGAGGUCGAUCAAUAUUUACACUUUCAAAGAGUUGUGAAAGCCUUUCUCAUCAAUGCAAUCGAUAAUACAUUUCUGAGCUCCUUAUAUGAAGGAAAAAGAAAAAAGAAAUACGCGCAGGAUAUGCGAACUUCCCUCUAUUAUUUUGAUGAACACUUUAUUCAACCUUACCUUGAAAGUGUAGGUUCGGGAUGUCGCUGGAAGAAACGAUACAGGAGACGACUAAACAGUUACUCUGAUGUCGACAUAAAAUCGCAAUGCUUAGAGAGGCGUAUUUGUGAAGCCUGUGAGCUAGAUAGAGACUGUAGGUUUCUAGUGAUUCUUUCUGGAAAUGAGUACUGUCAUAAAACACUGAAAGUGGAUGACUUCAUGCCUGACGAUAUACAGAGUUUGAAGGUCGGUGUCGUAUGUCAAAGGCGUACCAAGGUUUAUCACGAUCUGAAGCAUUAUAAAUAUAAGUUGUAUCAGAAAUGCUGUUCAGCUAUAAAAAAACAAUGUCUUCAGGAUAAAGGAGAUAAAAAUCUUCAGGAUGAGCCAGUCAAAGAUUUAGUGAAACGAGUUUUCAGCCAACUGGAGGAAGACGGCUGGAUACGUAAGAAAUAUUCUGACCUUAAAAGCUAUCAGGACGAAGUAGCAGAAUUCCAUAAAUUUUUGAGAGAAUUUAAAAGAGAACUCCUUUCAUCUGAGAGGCGCUACUGA